UAGAAUUUAGCAACCAAGUUUGAAAGUUACAGGCAUGUCUGCAAGGAUUUCUCGUCCUAUGGCGUUGGGACGUACACGACUGGCGAAUUUAGAUGAUGUCCCCGUCAUAAUGAAAUUAGUCACUACCCCCAUGGCUUUGAAUUUUAAUAUCGACUCUACGAAAGCCAUAGAAUAUCUCAUUGAACAUAGUAUACUGUCGAUUUGCCAGCUCGACGCUAAUGGAAAGAUUGUGGGAUUCCUGGCGACCAAAGACUACCCUCCCGUCCCUGCGGUAAGGCCCGCGUGUUGGGAGGACUUUGUAUGGAGUAAAUACAAAGCAGUAGACCUCAACGCCAGGAACACUUUGUUCCUCCACUUAUUGUGCUUCGAACCCGUGUAUGGACGGGACGUAGUCGACAGAAUGCUAAAGUCCCUGUACAUGUAUGAUCCCUACUUGAUGUAUGUAGCUAUGAUGAAGCCAUUUCCUGAUCAUCAGGUACUGUACGCCGGUCAAGCACGAUGCGAGGCGUCUUUCAAGAAGACUCUGUCGUUGGAGAGGGGUGUGUCUUGUGAUCGUCUGCCGACGCUCUGGAUAGCGGACAGAAAGGAUGUAUGUCCGAGACUGAAAAUACGGAGAGCUGUGGAAGAAGACAACGACGACAUAAUACCUAUAAUAGAGCGGCACUCGGCGGCGCUGCGCGAGCUGUACGGCGACUUCUACGUCAGCGAGAUCAUAUCGCGGCACCCCGAGUCGCGGAGACUCAUGCUGGUGUGUGAGGACAAGGAAUUGGCGGUGGGUGUGUUGUGUCUCAACACGCAAAUAAACUAUGAGUCUCUAGAGGAGAACUAUGAACUGUCGCCUUACAACGGCCUGAGGAAGAGCGACACUUGUAAUGUUUUUUAUUCUAAACGUGAAGAGCCAGAUUUUUCGUUUGAAGGAAAAGUCAAAUAUAAACGUCGUAACAGAACUAUGAAGAAACGCAUAUCUAAAGUUGAUUUGAAAGAAGAACUAAAAGUGCCAGAGUACACAGCGAGUUUUUUGGACGAUGAUGAUACAAUAGAGUAUGACAUAGUCAAUAUCGACAGUGCCUUGCUUAGUGCAGCUUUUAGUGACGAAAAUAAUUUAAUCCAAAAUGAACAGUGGACCCCUUUAGACAAUGAGAGCCAAACUCUACCUAGAGUUAGGAAGUCGGCUUCGGGCAAAACGCAAAAGGAAAAAUCCAGUCACCCCAUAUAUCCAGAUCCUCGCCUUCAGUACCCCGAACCAAAGCGUUAUGUUGGCGAACCGAACGCAUUUCUACUGGAACUGUUUGCUAUGCAUCCUGACUACGAUGAAAGACACGGUUUCGCCCUCCUGGAAGUGGCGUUUGAGAUGUUCCCUGAUCGUGACUACUGCGUCGUCGCCGUACCAUCUUCGCACCCAAUAUUGCCAAUAUUGGAACAUUUUACUUUGGUAGCACCUCUCAAAUUUCGGAAGCAGUUCGUGAAAGAUUCACUAUUUGUUGCUCACGUCAAUAGCGUCAAAGGUGACCUCAGAGUCCGUCGCGCCGAAUCAUUUGACGUAGACAACGUAGACCGUAUUCUACAUCAACUCGGCAACAAGUCUAAUGCUAUGAGCCUCUUCCACCGCAGUAUAACAUCGAGUUUGCUAUCUCCCCUACUCCUCUUGAGCCAAAACCAACCGGUUGGGUUGGUUAUAGUAGGACCACUUCAAGAUUCUUCAAUCAGAAUAACGUAUGAUCUGGAAACCGAACUGCGCAGACAAGGUACCGAUGGAAUGAUCCUAGUGGGAGUAAUGUCCCCAGUACUGGAGGCUCACACGCGAUGGUAUCUGAGGGAGAUAUUUCGGCAUUCGCAAUACAAAACUCUGUUCUGGACUUGUUCGCCAUCGCAGAAACAGGACUCUGGUCUGCAAGGUAAUCUCAUAUCCUUGGCCAGUCACAUGAUACCUGUUCGGCCAAGACGAUACACUCCCAACAUGAUAGACCCAGAAAAUAAACUUGACGAAAAAAUAAAGCCAACUGCACCAUUCGCGUUGUGGUACGUGGAAAGACCAAUGACUAGUUUACCCAAAAUCACAGUCAAUACCAGUAUUGUGGUAGUUGGAGCGAGUGGUGCUGGUCUAUCCUUUCUAGAGACCCUGCUUUUGGGGCCAAAAGCUUCGUACCUCCUCUUCACAAAUAUCACUCUGGUAUCGGAGUAUGCUCUACCGGCGGUCGCAGAAGUAGACCGGGCUGCCAAGACCUGCGUCCCUCGUCGUAGUGGCUAUCCAGAUAGUUACGUCAAGAAACUACCCCUACUUUACUAUAUUGAUGUUAUAGCCGAGAGUAUGGUGAAAAUAGACAGGAAAAAUAAAUGUAUCUACCUAAAUGACGGUGGAGUAAAAUACUACGAUGAUCUAGUACUAACAUGUGGAAAAAAAUUUCAACAGCCCAACUAUUCUGAUAAACCGGAAGUAAAAGACUACGUAAAUCCAAAACUUUGUAACCGUAUUUCAAUGGGUGAUCCAAGAUACAAGCCAGACGAUGUGAUUCCUCCUUCGGUCUUGUAUGAGAAUGUCAUGAUCAUCAACUCGCGCUACGAGGCUCAUGUUUGUUUGAAUAGGCUUUUGCAGAUGAUCGAUGAUGAUAAAGACUCAACUUUUGCAUUAUCUCCGGACAAUCCUGUAGUAGUUUACGGUGAUUGCUUAGAUGUAUACUCCUGUUUAGCUGCUCUCAUAGAAAUUGGAGUAUCGCCAUCAAACAUAGUAUUUGUGGAACCAUUUCCAGCUGAAGACAAUUCGUCCAUGAGGAUUAACUGCUUUAAUAAUGAAAAGGUUGAUGGUAGAGUUCAAGAAAUGAUAGUACAACUAGGUAUAAAGGUCCAUCGAAAAUGCUACCUUUACAACUGGACUCCGAAUGAAUCACGAGUGGAUGUACUGUGGUUAAGAACUUUUAUGCACGUGAAGAAGCUACCGUGUUUUGCUCUUUUCUAUUAUGGAUUCAGGGCAAUGGAUUUAAGGGCUUUUAAAGCUAUAAACGAAUGCGGUUUAGUAUACAACGAUGGUAUAGUUGUUGGUACGGAGUUUGAUACUAACGAUCCCAAUAUAUUCGCGGCUGGUUCAUGCACCAAGUACUCACAGAGACUUCUGACUACUCUCCACCAGAGGGACUAUUCCUCUAAGGACGUGGGUGAAGCGUUGGGAUAUUUUUAUCUAAAACGUUUGGAUCCUUUUAUCACGGAUUGUAAUCAAAACAUCGACAAGAAUAGCAAUCCUAAAACUAGCUUCGCAUGGGAACCAGUAAUGACGUUUCGGUCUCCAAUAGUUCAGUCAGCGACUCUGCCUGGUCCUCUAUAUUAUAUGACGGUACAGAAACCGGGAAGAAAGAUACCAAAUGCAAUUAAAGCACUUUUACCUAAUCAGGGUCCUGCUCUAGAAACUAACAAAAAUGGAAACUACUUUCAAAUACAACUCAAUGCCUUAUACUGUAUCGAAUCUUUAUGUUGUUUAUCAAAGGAGCCUUUUCCAAAAGAUGCCUUCUGUCAGCUCUAUGGCCAUCAUGAAGCUCGCUUCAAAAGGCUGAUGUAUAGAUAUAGAGCAAAAGAAAUAGACGAUUUCUACGAAUAUUUCACUCAGCCGUGGACAACGGCACUUUAUCAAGAACCAAUACAGCAAGUGUUCGACUAUCUUGAUGAUAAAGUAGGAGAUGAGGUACGAGAGUAUAUUGAAAAGGAGUUCGGAGAUUUGUUCAUAGAGGGCAUGCCAGACUCUGCAGUUGAUAAUGUCACUCGUUUGGAUGAUUACGAAAGACAGGAGGAGUUACGUAAAGAGGCGUACAAUGUCUGGAUCGCUACUAGUGGGGAUAAUUUUGUAUGGAAGAUUUUGUCGAGAUAUUUUCAUGAAAACACUCUCAGUCAUCCGUACUACGCUAAACCGGACCCGUCUUUACUUUGAAAUUAUUAGUAUACCCACAUAAGACCAAAUAAACAACAGAGUUUUGUAAACUACGAACUAAGGCCUCUUACACACUGCGACUUUUAAC